AGAAGUGGCAAAACCAAACCCUUUGUGAAGUAGAAGACACACAUGAGCAAUAUUCUUUCUUUCAAAACUUUGGAAAAGAAUCAUUAAGCUAUGUUCUAUGUCGAAUUAAUAAUCACACAAGAUUACUAAAGGCAUAUUAUAAUCAGAGCCUUGAUUAAUAUUUUGAGAAUCAAAGUAUAUAAAACCAUGGAAGCGUUGGGAAUAAUUUGGGAAGUUGCAAAAAGUUUGUUCAGUUGCACAAAUGCACAAGCUGCCUAUGUUUAUAAGCUGCAGGAGAAUCUGGAAUCACUGAAAGAAAAAUGGGAUGAUCUUCAAAACAAGGAAAAGGAUGUGCAGACAGAAAUUGAUAGAGCUGAGAGCACAGGAGUGAAGAAAAGGACUAAUGAAGGAAUUGGUUGGCUUCAGGAAUUUCAAAAGCUUCAAGAGAAAAUGAUGAAGGAUAUUCCAAAUUUUCAAGAAGUUCAAAGUAACCGAUGUCUAAAUGGUUACUGCCCAAAAAACUUUGUGUCAAGCUACAAGUUGGGAAAGAAAAUUGUUGAGAGUCUCAAUGAGGUGAAUGCCAUGCUUUCUAAAGCUGAUAAGACGCAGUUUGCUAUUGAGCAACCACCUAAACUUGUUGCUGAGAUUCCUUGUGGUGAGACUAUAGGCUUGGACUUGAUGGUCGACAAAAUAUGGCAUAGUCUUGAAGAUGAUAAUGUGGGAAUAAUUGGUCUAUAUGGAAUGGGUGGGGCCGGAAAAACUACUCUUAUGAAGAGAAUUCAAAGUGAAUUUGGAAAGAGAGAGCAUUGUUUUGAUCUUGUGUUGUGGGCAGUGGUUUCUAAAGAUUGUGAUAUCAAUAAAAUCAUGACUGACAUCAGCAAUAAAUUAGGGAUUGAUGAGAGUUUUUGGAAAAGAAGUAGUGAAGACCAAAGAGUAGCGAAGAUUCAUGAACGGUUGAAAGGAAAGAAGUUUGUGUUGAUGUUAGAUGAUUUAUGGGGAAAGCUAGAACUACAGGCGAUAGGAGUUCCGGUCCCGAAAGAAAGUAACAACAAAUCAAAAGUUGUGUUCACAACACGGUUUGAGGAUGUGUGUGCUAAAAUGAAAACGGAAACAAAACUGGAAGUGAGAUGUUUAUAUGAUAAAGAAGCAUUUGAAUUGUUUUGUAACAAAGUAGGCGAUGAGACAUUAAAAUGUCACACAGAGAUCCCAAAGCUAGCGCAUGAAAUGGCUAAAGAAUGCGGAGGAUUGCCGCUAGCAUUAAUCACUGUGGGAAGUGCCAUGGCAGGGGUGGAAAGUUAUGAUGCUUGGAUGGAUGCAAGAAAUAAUUUGAGGAGUUCUCCUUCUAAAGCCUCAGAUUUUGUAAAAGUUUUUCGAAUCCUCAAGUUUAGCUAUGACAAACUUCCAGAUAAGGCGCAUAAAAGUUGCUUCUUGUACUGCGCACUAUACCCAGAAGAUUUUGAAUUAGAUGGUGAUGAACUUAUUGAUCGAUGGAUCGGUGAGGGAUUUCUCGAUAAAGAUGGUAAAAGUAUACAUGAUAUGUACAAUCAAGGGAAAUCUAUUAUUGAAAAAUUAAUACUUUCAUGCCUAUUAGAGGAGGGUAUUGGUUCUGAAUUAAACUUUUUGACUGGUUGGUAUAAAAGGAAAAUUAAGAUGCAUGAUGUGAUUAGAGAUAUGGCACUAUGGUUAGCUCGAGAUGAAGAUGAAAACAAAGACAAAAUUGUAGUUCAAGGGGAAGCAAUUUCCAUAUCGGAAAUGGAUUCUAAAAGAUUGAAUGUUGUAGAGAGGAUUUCAAUAAUAACUAGGGAUACCAAGUUGUUGGAAGAAAGCUGGAAGAUACCAACUUGUCCUAAUCUCAUCACCCUUUGUUUAAAUUUAGGAGAGGGUCACCCUUUAUCAUUAAAUUUCCAAUCCAUAAAAAGGCUGAGAGUGUUGGAUUUAUCAAGGAAUCGUUGUAUAAUCAAUCUGUCCUCAGAAAUAGGAGAGUUAAUCAACUCUGAAUUCCUUAACCUCUCAGGAUCAAAAGUACUUGAGUUGCCUAUUGCAUUGAAGAAGUUGAAAAAGUUGAGGGUAUUUCUUAUGGAUGGCAUGACUUGCACCAGCACCAGCAGUAACCCCAUUCCUUUGGAAGUGAUAGAAAGUCUUGAACAAUUAAAGGUGUUUAGAUUUAGUCGAGGUGAUGACAUUGAGAACACUGUACAAGAAGAGAUAUCAUUACUAGAGAAGCUGGAAUCCUUACCAAAAUUGGAGGCACUGAGCAUUGAAUUAACUAGCAUCACUAGUGUGCAGAGAUUACUUCACUCCACCAAAUUACGAGGUUGCACUAGACGCAUUAGUAUUUCUGGUUGGAAAAAGGAGGACAAUAAGUCAGUUGAAAUGUUUUCAUUAUUAACAUCCAUGUCAGAAAUGAAUCAUUUGGAAAGCAUAUAUCUUUCAAGCACAGACAGCCUUGUGGAUGGUUCCUCGAUUACUGACAAAUGCCAUCUUGGCAUGCUUCGCCAAGUGUGCAUAAAUUUUUGUGGUUCAAUAACUCAUUUGACAUGGUUGAGGUAUGCUCCGCUUCUCGAGGUCCUUGUUGUGUCUGUUUGUGAUUCAAUCGAAGAGGUUGUGAAAGAAGCUAAAGAUGACGAGCAAGCUGAUAAUAUAUUCACAAAUCUUAAAAUUCUUGGCCUUUUUUAUAUGCCAAAACUAGUGAGCAUCCACAAGAGAGCUUUGGAUUUUCCUUCCUUAAAACGUUUUGAGGUAGCUAAAUGCCCCAAUCUGAGGAAGCUUCCUUUGAAUUCCAGCUUUGCUUUAAAGAAUAACUUGAUUGCAAUCAAAGGAGAGACGGAGUGGUGGGACAAAUUAGAGUGGGAUGACACAAUUAUUCCAACCUUACUACGUCCUAAACUUCAAUGGUGACUGAAUCUCGUAAAUCUUAUGUGUACCUUUGUUCUCCAUUUUCUUUAUUAAUUUUAAAUUGUUGCUGCUUAAUCUUGUAUAUGCAAUAUUGUUUAUGUACAAUUUCUUUACGCUUCUUUUUUAUAGUAGACGGUCUAUGGUCUAGUUAGUUUA